AUGUUAUUAUGUUUAUUUUUAUUGAAUAAAAUAUUGUUAUUAUUGUUAUUAUUAUUAUUGUCACCAUUAUUGUUAUCAUGCAGACAAUUUCAUAGCAAUGGUUACAUGUCAACUCAUUUAAGAAACAUCAAAAAAAUAAGAACAUCGAGAAAAUUAUGUGAAUAUGACAAAUAUAAAGCUAAUUAUGAUAAUGAUCCUGAGAUGAAAGAAGUAAUAGAAAAAUAUAAUGAACGAUUAGCAAUACGAUGGAAAGAAUAUGAUGAAUUAAAGAAAGAAAAAGAAAGAAAAUAUAAAGAACAAUACGAUAAAGAUAUAAAAGAAAUUAUUUUAAAAGGCAAAAUAGAAAAACAACUAACAAAACAAUUAUCAGCAUUAGACAAAUUUACUGAUAUAGACGAUUUAGCUAAAGAUAUAUACGAAAAAAGGGUAGCAACUAAAGCGAAAAAAGGUAAAAAAUACAAAAAAACAUUAGGUCAUACCUUAUCCGAAUGGAACAUUUUACCUAAUAUUGAUAUGUAUGAAUGGAUACCUUUUUCAUCUAAGGAAGCAAAAAUUGAUUGUAAUAUAAAAAAUAUGAAACAUGCUCUUACUAAAGUUGGUUAUAUAGGUCGUAAUAAAUAUGAUUCUCUUGGUAAUAAGAAUGGAAAUGAUACUACUGCACUUGCCCCAGUAUUUAGUUCUAUUAUGAGUUCUUCUAAUGCGUUCAUUCAAAGAUAUAUGGGGGAUGAUAUUACAUCUAAUGGUAGUAGUUUUAAAAAUAGUACUGUUUCAUCAAUUUUUCUUUACGCUUUAUGGGAAUUUUUUGAGCAUAUCGUAGCCCCAACUGUUGCUCCUUUUUUGUUUGGAACAGGUGACCAUGGACACGGAAGCCAAGGUGAGAGUGCAAAAACAUGUAAAUGCGUAUGUACGGGGGAAAAAACAUGUUGUUGUGCAGGUACAUGUACAAAUGGAGUUAAGUGUGUAUGUAAUGGUGGAGGUGCUGGUGUAUGUACAGGUAAAUGUGUAUGUGAAGGUGGAAGUGCUGGUGUAUGUGCAGGUGUAUGUAAGUGUACAAUUGAAAAAGGUUUUCUCCAUAAUUUUCACGAAUUUCUGCACAGUUGGGAGGUUUUUUGUGAUGCUAUUUUUGCAUUAUACAUUAUAGCUUCCAUAUUAGUAAUACUUUAUAAUAUUUUAAAAUAUUAUAGAGAAAUAAAAAUGGAGAAAAAACAUAAAUAUUUUAAAAUAUUACACGAUUAA